GUUGUUCAGACCUCUUGUUUCAUUUGACGGAUUCGUGUCGAGUGGAUAUUCAUAAUAAAUUCACUGAUGUGGGUUCUUCUUCUAUGUGCCUAAUACAAUUGUUCUAUACGAGUUUUUUCUGUAAUGUUUUUACUAUUAUCGACCAAUUCACGUCUUUAAUUAUGAUAGUGAUUUUAUAAGAAUAUUUUUAAUAGGUGGAAAUACUAUUUAACUACUACAAAUAGAGUGUAUUGUUUUAUCAAAUAAAUUAAACUUUGAUUAAUAGAUAUGUAUAUGGUAUCCGAUUACUGUUUUCGGGAGCAAAUUUGAUAUUUAAGAGUAUGAAUAUUAUUUUACUAAAUAACAUCUGAUAUGAGAUAGUGCAAGUGUAUACAAUUUGGGCUUUAAUUUUAUGAUAUUUAAUUAAAAAUUAUUGUGUGAAGGAAUUGCAUUUAAUAAUGGACAUUCUGGAAUCUGAGACAGCAGAAAAUGCCUUUACUACGAAAUAUAUAAAGAUUUAUGUAUAUCGCGCAUGCAAUAAUCAUUAAUGAAGACAUUACCAAGUUGAUCAGAAUUGGAUGCAGAAUAAACCAAAAUAGUUCAUAUUGACAACGUGCUCAGAGUUAUUCAUGGCGUCAAGUUGGUUAUGAACUCAUCUUCAAAGAUAUUGUCUUCAGGGGAAAUAACCCAUCAACAUGAGCUGGAACAACAUUUAUUGAAGCACACUAUUUCUUCGGGGCUUUCCCCACUCCCCAAUUCGGCACCUACAACUACGUUGAUCCACCAGCAUAAUUUUUCUAAUAUUCAUCAUAUGCAAAGUUUACCAAGUCAACAACCUAGCGUCAUAUUUAACAGCACGCAUUCCACGCCAUUUAGCGUAACAGAUAUUUUAAGUCCAAUUGAGGACUCAUAUCGGAAGCUGGAGUUGAAUUGCAGUCCACCGUCACCCUUUAGAACAAAUUCCAGCGAAAGUAGUAUCACUUCACCUAAUACCUUAGGAUCUUCAACAAUGGCAAAUCCCUACGCGAUGGGUUCACUAUAUCACAGUCCAGGAGUCCAAAGUUAUUGCGGGCCAGCAGAUAAUCUUUCAUUAGCAGGACAUUAUUCUGAUAUGAGAAGUUCUGCGUCUUGGUAUGGAUCUACAACGAAUGAUCCCAGAUUUGCCAUUACCAGGUUAAUGGGUGGGUCAGCGACUACUUCAAUGGGACAUAUGGCCAAUAUGGGUAGCCUAGCCACAUGUAAUGUAACUGAUUCAAAGCCAUUACAAUUCCCCUUGACACAGCGGAGGAAACGGAGAGUAUUAUUUACCCAAGCUCAGGUGUACGAAUUAGAGAGACGCUUUAAGCAGCAAAGGUACCUAUCCGCACCAGAAAGAGAACAUUUAGCCAGUCUCAUACAUUUGACACCAACUCAGGUAAAAAUAUGGUUUCAAAAUCACAGGUAUAAAUGCAAGCGUCAAGCAAAGGAAAAGGCGAUGGCAGAACAAAGCCAACAAAAUCAGACUUCCAGUUCACCGAGACGUGUAGCAGUACCAGUUCUCGUAAAAGAUGGUAAGCCAUGUUCGGGUAAUAGCAGUACACCACUAUCUCAACAAGCUGGUACGGCUAGUAAUACAAGUAAUACCAGUAAUAACAACACUAACAUAAAUGAGAAUAUCAGUACCACGGAAGUGAAUAACAGCAUAACUGGUGGUUUAAAUCUUAUAACGGGUGAAACUACUAACUCCCAUUCACCAGAUACUUCAAACUCCCUUAUUGCGAGCUAUAAUGGACCGAUUGGAAGCCACAAUCAAAUUCAACAGCAAUCAUGCAAUAAUUCUAUAAUGUCAAACAGUUUAGCCAUGGCAUAUCGCAAUCAAAAUAACUUUAUUUCAAACGGGCAUCAGCAGCAGUGUACGGGUUACUUACCUCUCCAAGGUAGAGCGUGGUAAAAGUAAAAAAAAUCAAGUAAAUCAAUAARUAGUUCACGAACAAAAAAGCAAAAUAUAAAUAAACUCCGCAUACAAAAGAGGUGUUUACUAAAUUCACAUUAGGAUGAAUGUAAAUUUUAUCGCAGUCGCAUUUAACACUGAUAAAUUAAUAAUUUUUUGUAAAUGUUACACAACUAGCAUAUUUAUGCAAAUAAAUAUCAGUUUUAUAGAUAUAUGGUAUUAGCUUGUAUAUAUCAAUAUGAUAUAAAGAUAGUUUUUCUACUCUCAUGUGUUUAAUAAAGCUUAAAAGACAAAAGUACGUACAUGUGUACAUUCCUAUACAUGUAUGUACGUAUAGUACAAGUAAAUAUUAAAGCGCUCCCAAAAGAAUCUUUAAUUCUUUUCAUUAGAUAUUUACCGUGAAAAUAUCGCGUGAAACGAGCAUAAAAAUGCAAUUUGAGCUUUUAAUCUUGAUAGUAUUAGAUAGUGUAUUAUAAUUUGUGAAUGCGCAUAUCAAUAUCACAGGAAUAUUUUCUUGCUUUUUCGGAAUGUUUGAUGCAUUUGAAAGUAAAAACUUAGUAUGGAAGAGAGUAUUCUAAAU